GGUAGGCAUCUUUGCAAGCCUGAUUAUGAGGUGGGUACCAUUGGAGUCAAAUCCCGAUGUUUUGAACAAGUUUAUAAGGGAAUUAGGUGUCAAAGAACCCUUGCGGUUGGAAGAUGUUUACGGAACGGAUCCUGAAAUGCAAGCUCUUGUUCCUGGCCCAGUUCUCUCGCUUUUGCUACUCUAUCCCUUGAAUGAGGAAACUGAAACUAAUCCAAUUGGAACUUUGUCACCAGAAGAAAAGUGCUUCUUUAUGAAACAGACAAUCCAUAAUGCUUGUGGGACUGUUGCGAUUAUCCACGCUCUUGCCAAUAACACGGACGCAUUUGAUAUCAAAUGUAUGCCAUUCUUUCUUUCAUUAAAUUUUAUAUUGCGAUUCACUCACUUAAAUCUUGCAUGCUUCCUAGCUGUUCCAUGGCUCUGUCAAUUCCUUGAAAAAACUAGUGAAUGCUCUCCCAAGCACCGCGGUCAAGCUCUUGAGAAUGAAGAGGAACUGAGUGAAAUACACGAAAUUUAUGCUCAAGAGGGUCAGACCGAGGCUCCAGAUUCGGAAUCUCGGAUUGAUUUGCAUUUCAUUGCCUUUAUUAAUGCAAACGGCCAUCUUAUUGAGCUCGAUGGCCGAAAAGAUGGCCCUAUUUUACACGGAGAUACCUCCAAUGCAACAUUCCUUGCGGAUGCCUGUAAAGUCAUUGAUAAAUUCAUGGCUCGGGACCCCACCAAUCUCAAUUUCAGUCUCAUGGCUCUAACCAAUGCUCCCAUCUAA